UCCCGGCGCUUGCACGGCGGGCGAACCACGGCCGGCGAGCCAUGGCGGGGACGGAAGCCAGCCUGUUGCGCCAGUGCCCGCUGCUUCUGCCCCAGAACCGGGCGAAAACCGUGUAUGAAGGAUUCAUUUCGGCUCAGGGAAGAGAUUUCCACCUUAGAAUAUUGUUGCCUAAAGAUUUACAACUGAGGAAUGCAAGAUUACUAUGUAGUUGGCAGCUGAGAACAAUACUCAAUGGAUAUCAUCAAGUAGUACAACAGAGAAUGCAGCACUCUCCUGAUCUAAUGAGCUUUAUGAUGGAGUUGAAGAUGGUUUUGGAGGUUGCUUUAAAGAAUAAACAAGAGCUACCUGUCCUACCUCCUCCUCCCCAGUACUACUCAAGCCUCAUUGAAGAGAUAGGAGCUCUUGGUUGGGAUAAGCUGGUAUAUGUGGAUACUGGCUUUAGUACCAUCAAGUUAAAAGCCGAAGAUGCUUCUGGUAGAGAGCAUCUAAUCACUGUCAAGUUGAAGGCAAAGUACCCUGCAGAAUCACCAGAUUGUAUUGUGGAUUUUCCUGUUUCAUUUUCUGUUUCGUGGACACCACAGAGCUCCUUAAUAAGCAUUCAUAGUCAGUUUUUGGCAGCAUUAGAAUCACUGAAGGCAUUCUGGGAUGUUAUGGAUGAAAUUGAUGAGAAGACUUGGGUACUUGAGCCAGAAAGACCUACGCGGGGUGCAACUGCACGCAGAAUUGCAUUAGGGAAUAAUGCUUCGAUAAAUAUAGAGGUAGACCCCAGACAUCCUACUAUGCUUCCUGAGUGCUGCUUUCUUGGAGCUGACCAUGUGAUAAAACCCCUGGGAAUUAAGCUGAGCAGAAACAUACAUUUGUGGGAUCCAGAAAAUAGUCUGUUACAAAAUUUGAAAGAUGUUUUAGAAAUUGAUUUUCCAGCUCGUGCUAUCCUGGAAAAAUCUGAUUUUUCUAUGGAUUGCGGAAUUUGUUAUGCCUAUCAACUUGAUGGUGCCAUUCCUGAUCACGUGUGUGAUAAUUCACAGUGUGGACAGUCUUUCCAUCAAAUAUGCUUAUAUGAGUGGUUAAGAGGACUGCUGACUAGUAGACAGAGUUUUAACAUCAUAUUUGGUGAAUGUCCAUACUGUAGUAAGAUUUCUCCUUUGAUCAAAAAAAGGUUAACCCCUUAUCUAGAUUUCUUAGGUGAUAUGAAACUUAAAAAGUAUUUUCCAAACUGUAUCAUUACACCAUUUCUAAUUUAAAACAUUCUCUUUUUAUAAGCCAAUUACCUUGAAAAUGUCUGGGAGAAAACCCUGAAAUAAGAAUGCAACAUUUCUGUGAAAAACUGGAAACCUUAAAAAGGAUUUUAUUUGAUAUCUUCAGAGAAAGUAUAAAGCAAGACAUACUAAUAU